ACAAUUAAAAAGCGUCUGAGUGGGACUGAGCAGCCCGUGUGAGGAGGUAAUCGGGGUGAAACCGUGUGGAAACGUCCUCUUCGUCUCGCCGUUUUUGUACCACAAUGUCCAAACCGAAGUUUCAGAUGGAGUGGGAGGAAAUUGACGAAGAAUAUCAACAAUUACAGGAAACUCAUAAAAUAUACAGACAGAAAUUAGAAGAACUCACAAAUCUUCAGACAACGUGCAGCAGCGCCAUCAGUAAACAGAGAAAAUGCCUGAAAGACCUGAGAUACAGCUUGAACAAGUGUGCACAGACGUGUGACGAGAAAGAGCUAAAGCUAAUAACAGACAUCAAAACACAAAUCAAAGAUAAAGAAAAUUUUUUCUUUGAUAUGGAAGCAUAUUUGCCAAAGAAGAACGGACUGUACUUAAGCUUGGUCCUGGGCAAUGUGAACGUGACACUUCUCAGUAACCAGGCAAAAUUUGCCUACAAAGAUGAGUAUGAGAAGUUCAAGCUUUAUAUGACAAUAAUUCUGAUGUUUGGAGCUAUAACCUGCCUCUUCUUUCUCAACUGUCGAGUCACUGAUGAAAUCUUUAACUUCUUACUGGUGUGGUACUACUGCACAUUGACCAUAAGGGAAAGCAUCCUCAUGAGCAACGGCUCCAGGAUCAAAGGCUGGUGGGUAUCUCACCACUAUGUGUCCACCUUUCUGUCAGGUGUUAUGCUUACCUGGCCAGAGGGACCAAUCUAUCAGCUGUUCAGGAGCCAGUUCCUCGCAUUCUCCAUUUAUCAGAGCUUUGUCCAGUUCCUCCAGUAUUACUACCAGAGUGGUUGCUUGUACAGGCUGCGUGCUUUAGGAGAGAGAAAUCAACUGGAUCUCACAGUGGAGGGGUUCCAGUCCUGGAUGUGGAGAGGACUUACUUUUCUAUUGCCUUUCCUCUUUUUUGGCCAUUUUUGGCAGCUGUACAACUCAGUGACCCUGUUUCGCUUGGCAGGACGCGAGGACUGUAAGGAGUGGCAGGUGUUUAUGCUGGCGCUGACAUUCCUCGUCCUCUUCCUGGGAAAUUUUCUCACUACCUUAAAAGUUGUCCACCAAAAAAUUCAAAAGAACCAGGAAAAAGUGCAAAAGAGUGACUGAGAUUAAGCUGUGUGACCCUUCGAAAGGCCAGUACCCAUGAAGCAAACACGCACAGUUGCUCUGUGGACUGACCACCAACGAUCAGGCCGAGAGGACAGACCUAAAACCACCAUUUCUCUCAGGCUUUGAUAAUGGCAGCAGCGUCCAGCCAAAGUGUCCGGUAAACAUGCUCUUACCCUCUAAUGACUUGAUGUUGCCAUGAGGCGCAAAUCAACGAGGAUGUUUGCCUAAUAAGAUGAACAGUUUGUUGCUUUAUCCUGUGUAUAUAAAAUGUGCGUGGAGAGAAUGUGUUACUUGACGUUUGUGUUGGUGCAUGAGUGCAGAGCCUUUGUUCAAAUCAUAUGCAACUAAACAAGGACAGGUAGCAGAAGGAAACAAAGUUUGCCUCUAAAGACCUAAUGUCUGUCAUGUGCACACUUCUGUGAAGUAGUAAUGGUCAAAGAUGCUCUGGCUUGUAUUUACUUUGGCACUGAACAUCAUGUCAUGAGCCUCUCAACUUUAAAAAUGUAGUUCUCAACACUUUAUCAUGUAAUGUCACAGCUACGUAAGUAUUUCUACCAGAGUUUUGGUCUCUGAAAUGAUAAAUGGUACACAGAACUACUCAUCUGCCCAUUGUUUACUUAAUUUUAAGGGAAAAAAUCUGAUGUACUCUUUCAUUGUCAGAGGGGGACUCAUAUCUUGAAAGAGCUGGAACUACAAUUGAAGGCACCACUUCUCCCACCAGGCAGUUGCUACAAAAGCUUUGUUUUAUUAUGCUCUACCUAAACUUUCUUCCUCCUAUGAAUCACUACAAGAUGCACAUGAAACGUAAACCAUUUUAAUUCUUACCAGUGAGGAUUGAAGGGGCAUUCCCUGUAACGUUAAUCACUUAACAUGUUACUAAAGAACUGUAAUAUGGACAGGUUUAUCAUGCUUCACUGAUGGUCUUAAUUUGGUCAGAUUUGAACAAUUUAUCACAAAGUUAAAGAUUGAUUUGAAA